GAGCUCGGGGUGCUUAGUCAGCAACGUGUGUUGUUUUCCCCCUUGAGCUGUUUGCUGAGUAAUCAUUACAACGAUGUUGCGGUCGGCGUGGAAUGGGUUACUUCAGAGGAGGGGCGAAUGGCGCUCUUCCCAGCCAGAAUUCACGCUGCCUGCAGUGACCGUCGGUCUUCUGAUUGGGUGUUUACUCUGCUUCACCAACCUCUAUUUUGGACUACAAACAGGAUGGAUUAGUAUGAUGUCAUUGCAAUCUGCACUUUUGGGUUUUCUCAUCUCAAAGCUGCUUCCAACUCCACUAUCCCCUCAGGAGCUGAUUGUGGUGCAGACAACUGCCGUCGCCACGGGAACGAUGCCAUUGGCCGCAGGUUUUGUUGGUGUCUUACCAGCACUUGGUUUACUGGAGGAGGAGAAGGACGGUAGUCCCCCCAUUCAUCUUUCCUGGAUAUCGGCCAUUGGCUGGUCAUGUUCUGUCGCGUUUUUCGGGGUGUUCUUGUCGCCACCACUGAGAAAACAAGUGAUCAUAGAAGAAGAGCUCGCAUUCCCUUCGGGAACUGCAACGGCACAACUCAUAUCCGUCCUUUAUAAACAGCCCCCACCAAACCCAUCCCUGCGCCGCAGGGCCGGCUACAGGGCUCUCGAUACAGAGGACCCGCUAGAAUCCACGGGUGAUCAGAGCGGAGAAAUUGAUCGAGAUACCCAGGAAAUUGCGACACGAAUAGAAACUCCCGAUGAAUGCGAGGUAAUCCAGCAGGAAGGAUGGCAAGAUCUCGCGUAUAGCUUUCUUGCGUCAGGUGUGAUGACUCUCGCUGCCUUCUUCUUCCCGAUUGUCUUCGCUGUACCUUUGUUCGGACGAUACCUCGCUCGCGAGUGGCUAUGGUCUCUUACUCCAAGUUUAUCGUAUGUUGGUCAAGGAAUCAUCAUGGGAUUUCCGACGACAUUGAGCAUGAAUUUGGGUAUGCUGGUAGGUUGGGGUCUCUUGUCACCCCUUUCCAAAUGGGCGGCAUGGGCACCUGGACCUGUUGGCGAUAUGGCCACCGGCGCACGAGGUUGGAUCCUUUGGGUCUCCCUCGCCAUAAUGUGUGCAGACUCUCUCGUUUCCCUUCUCCCAGUCUGCCAGUCAUACAUUGUGAAGUUAUUGUCUUCGUAUCGGACGUUGAAACAUACCAAUGAUCCGGUUCAAGAGGCUGGUGCGGAAGACGAGACUCCCGAGAGGCUGGUGCCGGCGAGUUGGGUUGUUAGCGGUCUCGUCGCGAGUAUAUUGCUUGGGACGCUGUUGGUAUGGUUUGUAUUCGGCGAAGAAGGCAUCAAAACGUGGGCAACGCUGGUCGGCUUUGUGCUGGGUGGUUUGCUGAGUGUAUUAGGUGUCCGCGCACUGGGAGAAACUGAUCUCAAUCCCGUCAGUGGUCUUGGAAAGAUAUCGCAACUGUUCUUUGCCUGGAUACAGCCUGGUAAUGUUGUCGCUAACAUUAUAGCUGGCGGAGUGGCCGAAGCAGGGGCUCAGCAGGCGGGUGACCUCAUGCAAGACCUGAAAACCGGGCAUCUCUUGCAUGCCUCGCCAAGAGCACAAUUCUACGGCCAGCUUACUGGUUCCUUUUUAUCGAUUAUCGUUUCCGCCACCGCCUUCAACCUCUACCAAAGAGCCUACACGAUUCCAGGGCCUUCUUUUCCAGCACCCACAGCAUAUGUCUGGUUGAACCUAGCACGUUUGCUACGGGAUGGCCAGCUGCCAGCUAGGAGUGGUUUAUUCAUGCUCGUUUUCGCACUGCUAUUCGCAGUUAAUGCAGGUAUCAAAGUCAUGGCAAUUCGCCGCGGCCACCCUUACGCCAAGUGGAUACCCUCAGGAGUUGCGUUCGCAAUCGGCUUCCUGAAUACACCAUCGUUUUCCAUCGCGCGGUUGAUUGGCGGACUGAUCGAGUACUGGUACCAUCGGCGGAAGUGCAGCACAGGUGGACGGGACAUUCGGCUUAUUGUCAUUGCGAGUGGCUUCGUUCUAGGGGAGGGGGUAGUGAGCGUGCUUACACUCAUUUUGCGGACUCUGGGAACUGGUGUAAUUAGUUGUUGGGGUUGCAGUGGGGGAAUAUGUCCUGGCUGUCCCGCCUGACAGACUCGCCCCUUAGUCAUGGUGAAGGCGUGUACAUAGAAGUAGAAGGAACACGUGGCAGACCGACAUAGCAUAUGCUCC